AUGAACGCUCUAUCUGCCGCCUCGGGGUUUGCCCAGGUUACGGGGAAGCCUGCCGCCGUGCUUGUGCACGUCGAGUGCGGCACGCAGGGGCUCGCGGGCGCGAUUCAUAACGUUAGCAAGGGGAGAAUUCCCGUGAUGAUCCUGGCCGGUACGGUUCCUAUCACGAUGGAGGGGGAGCUGAUGGGAAGCCGAAACGAAUAUAUACAUUGGAUCCAGGACGUCCCGGAUCAACGAGCAAUCGUCCGCCAGUACAUGCGGUACGAGCAUGAGAUCCGGAGGCCGCACAAUGCCGUUCAGAUAGUGCUCAGGGCUCUUCAAUUUAUAAGCUCAGAGCCCAAGGGUCCGGGGUACCUGAUCGCAAGUCGAGAAGCUUUGGAAGAGGAAGUCGACCUCGUCGUCGAGCCUGCGUUAAAAUCGCAAGACCCAUUGAAGAACACGGUUCUGGAGCCUCUAGGGCUCACUCCCGCAGCGUUAGACUUCCUGAGCGUCAAGCUAUUAAAGGCGAAGAGCCCUUUGAUAGUAACGAGCUAUUGUGGGCGGUCAAAAGAAGGAUUCGAGGCGCUCAAGACCUUGGCCGAACUUCUCUCCAUUCCGGUCCACGAAAACGCCCCCAUCUAUAACAACUUCCCGACGACUUCGUUUCUUCACCAAGGACACCAGUGGAACGGUGGAGGCCAGCUCCCGGCCCUGGCAGAAGCAGACGUGGUUCUCGUCAUCGAUUCAGACGUUCCUUGGAUACCGGCGCAGUCACGGCCAAGCCCCGACAGCAGUGUCUAUCACUUAGACUGCGACCCCUUGAAGGAAAGCACCACGCUCUGGUCGUUGCCCUGCGAAAAGAGGUGGAAGUGCGACUCGGCCGUCGCCCUCGAGCAGCUCGUCACUUUUAUCCGCGGAACGUCGCUCUUCGAGUCGGGCGAGACGCGGGCCAUCAUCGAUGCGCGCCAGGAAAAUCUUAAAGCACGCUUCGCAGCCAGGCAAGCCAGGCUCCUCAAGGCAGAACAGCUGCCUGCCGCCGGCAACGUGACGACACCUUACUUCAUGGCCCGCCUCAGGGAGGCCUGCCGCGGCGUACGCGUCGUGGGAUUAAACGAGUCUACGACUAAUCUUGGAAACGUCGCCGAUCACCUCCGCCACGAUGAGCCGCACGCACUGAUCGGGAGCGGCGGCGGAGCUUUGGGGUGGUACUCCGGCGGCGCCGUCGGGGCGUCUUUGGCCCUCCAGUCCACCGGGAGGAGCGACGACCUCGUGAUCGCGUUUACGGGCGACGGUACUUGGCUGUUCGGCGUGCCGAGCUGCGCGUACUGGAUGGCGAAGAAGUACAACACGCCGUUUCUCACGGUCAUCUGGAACAACGGCGGUUGGGGCUCGCCGAAGAACGCCUGCCUGAGAAUCCACCCUGAAGUAGCCGACAUGACCAAAUCGGGAGGUCGCAACCUCAACGAGGAGUUGAUGGUAUCUAUUACGCCGUCCCCGGCGUUUGGCAAAAUUGCCGAGGGAGCCGGAGAUGCGUGGUGGGUUCGUGUCUCGAACGCGCAGGAUGUGGACGAGGCGUGUCGGAAGGCGAUUGAGGUUGUGCGGGAGGAGAAGCGUAGCGCCGUAAUUGAAGUUACUGUUACUCUACGUCUCUACCUUUUCUUUGCCAAGCAUAUCUGGAACUCCAAUUUACUAGUACUCACAAUGGCGUCCAAACCAGAACUUUACUCGAUCGAUGAUUUCGAGGCCUACGCCGCAGAACACCUGCCCAAGAUGACCCGCGACUACUUCAAUGGCGGCGCCAUGGACGGUGUCACACUUCGCGCCAACCAAGAUGCCUACCAUCGGUUUUACAUCCAGCCUCGGGUUUUGCGCGACGUGUCGAAAUUGGACACCACGGCUCGCGUCUUCCCCUCCGGAAACGUCAUUCCUUUCCCUUGCUGCGUGGCGCCGGCGGCGAUGCAACGGAUGGCGCACCCCGAUGGCGAGCUCGCCACGGCGAGGGCGUGCGGCGCGUACGGGACCGUCAUGGGCCUGAGCAGCUUUAGCACGACCAGCCUCGAGGAUGUGAAGCGGGAAGCGGACCGGUUACGCCGCGCUUCGGGAAAGUCUGGAGAUAGCGAGUGCGUGCUGCAGAUGUACUUGUUUGAAAAUAGGGCUACGAGCGAAGACUUGAUUAGGAGGGCCGAAAAGGAGGGAUAUAAGGCGAUUGUGUUUACAGUCGAUGCGCCUUACUUCGGAAGAAGAUUGACGGAGAUUAGGAACAAGUUCAAGGUGCCUCCCCACUUGAAAAUGGCCAACUUUCCAGAUGAUCUUGGUGUCAAGACAGAUCCGACCCUUACCUGGGACUCUAUCAAAUAUCUCAAGAGCAUCACAAAACUACCGAUCUGGCUCAAGGGCAUCAUGACGGUAGAGGAUGCCCUUCUUGCCGUCGAGCACGGUGCAGACGCAAUCUUCGUCUCCAACCAUGGCGGAAGGCAGUUGGAUCAUGCGCCUGCAACGUUGCGCGUAUUACGAGAUAUCGUCCAGGCUGUGGCUGGUAGAGUACCUGUCCAUUUUGACGGCGGUAUUCGACGGGGCUCGGACAUCUUCAAAGCCCUUUGCCUAGGGGCGGAUAUGGUUUGGAUAGGGCGACCGGCGCUCUGGGCGAUAUCGUAUGAUGGAGAGAACGGCCUUCGGAAUGCCCUGAAAAUCCUGGAAGAUGAAUUCAGAGCGUGCAUGGCCCUUGCCGGGUGCACGAGUCUCGACCAACUUGGCGAAGAGUGCUUGAUGCUAGUUGACACUCCUUCGAAACUCUAG